UAACCUGCACUCUGCUCUCUGUGUGUAACCGGACACCGCUCACACACCUGACCCCGCCCCUCGGGACCAGCCUCACUGCAGCAGCGAGCGCUCUCUCCGGAAACUUCGCUCACUUUGUUCCAGAGCCGAGCAGGACGCACCGACCAGGACCAGGACGCACCGGGUCCGGGAGCGGCUGUACCCGGGUCACCUCUCCACGAGGCUCACAGCGCGCGACAACAAGACCCAGGAAAGCAGAACCGCCGCGUGAAUCCCGCUGAGGGGACGCGCGCACACACUGAGCCAUGACGCGGAGUGUGUAGGACCCUCUAACCAUGGAGUCCCCCCCCCACCUUCUUCUUCUUCUACUACUGAUGAUGAUGAUUAAGGUGGGCGGAGCCACUGUGAGGCCGCAGACCAUCCGCAGCUGCCAACUUACAGAGAAUCUCAGAGGAACAAGAACCAAACGUUACGCCAUCAACCCUGUGGGUCAAAAGUGGACUCAUCACAACAUCUCAUACAGGAUCGUAAAGUUUCCAAACACUCUGAAUGUCGAGGACACCAGGAAAGCGAUCAGUAUCGCCUUCACCAAGUGGAGCGACGUGUCACCGCUGACCUUCAGCGAGGUUACCGACGGCAACAACACAGCUGACAUCACCAUCGGUUUUUACACCUUUAACCACACUGACUGCUGGUGGUCUCCUCUCCACCCGUGUUUCGAUGGUCUGAACGGCGAGCUGGCUCACGCCUUCCUGCCACCGCGAGGGGAGAUCCACUUUGACAACCACGAGUUCUGGAUCCUGGGGAAGUCCAGGUUCAGCUGGAAACAAGGUGUGUGGCUUAACGACCUGGUCCAGGUGGCGGCUCAUGAGAUUGGUCACGCUCUUGGUCUGUGGCACUCCAGAGACCCUCAGGCUCUGAUGCACCCGAACGCCACGUACACGGGCCAGAGGAACAUCGGACAGGACGACGUGUGGGGGAUCCAGAGACUGUACGGUUGUCUGGAUAAGAAGCGAGUGUGCGACCCGUGGGCUCGCCUCGGCUUCUGUGAGCGCAGGAAGUCGUUCAUGAAGAAGAACUGUCCUCAGCGCUGCGACCUCUGCUACGAGCCUCUGGAAGCCGUUGCCACGCCAACUCCGCCUCCAGCCAAUGUCAAGAUCAAGAUGGUUCCCCGAGGGAAGGUGGUGGGUUUCCGCUGUGGAACCAAAAACCCCCGCUCGCCGCCCAAAGUCAGCUGGUUUAAAGACGGCGAGCAGAUCCUCACCUCCGUCCCCGGUUACAUCGUCAUGAAGGACAGAGACCUCCGCAUCGUCGCCAACGAGUUCAACGAGGGCGUGUACACCUGCCGCAUCCAUCGCCGGGGAGACAUCGUGUCCGCCAACUCCUGGGCCAUCCGGCUGAAACCAGAGCAGCCGUCCAACAGCUGAGGACGUGGAGGGCAGGGACAGAGAAGAAGGACAGAGACAAUAAACAGAGACAAGGGACAGAGACAAUAAACAGAGACAAUAAACAGACAAGGGACAGAAACAAUAAACAGAGACAAUAAACAGAGACAAGGGACAGAGACAAUAAACAGACAAUAAACAGAGACAAGGGACAGAGACAAUAAACAGACAAUAAACAGAGACAAGGGACAGAGACAAUAAACAGAGACAAUAAACAGACAAGGGACAGAGACAAUAAACAGAGACAAUAAACAGACAAGGGACAGAGACAAUAAACAGACAAGGGACAGAGACAAUAAACAGAGACAAGGGACAGAAACAAUAAACAGAGACAAGGGACAGAAACAAUAAACAGAGACAAGGGACAGAGACAACAAACAGACAAUAAACAGACAAUAAACAAUAAACAGAGACAAUAAACAGAAACAAUAAACAGAGACAAGGGACAGAGACAAUAAACAGACAAUAAACAGAGACAAUAAACAGACAAUAAACACAGACAAGGGACAGAAACAAUAAACAGAGACAAGGGACAGAGACAAUAAACAGAGACAAUAAACAGACAAGGGACAGAGACAAUAAACAGAGACAAUAAACAGAGACAAGGGACAGAGACAAUAAACAGAGACAAUAAACAGACAAUAAACAGAGACAAUAACCAGACACAAGGGACAGAGACAAUAAACAGACAAUAAACAAAGACAAGGGACAGAAACAAUAAACAGAGACAAUAAACAGAGACAAGGGACAGAAACAAUAAACAGACAAUAAACAGAGACAAUAAACAGACAAGGGACAGAGAAGAAUGGACAGAGACAAUAAAUAGAGACAAGGGACAGAGAAGAAGGACAGAAACAAUAAACAGACAAGGGACAGAGACAAUAAACAGGGACAAUAAACAGAGACAAGGGACAGAGACAAUAAACAGACAAGGGACAGAAACAAUAAACAGACAAGGGACAGAAACAAUAAACAGACAAGGGACAGAAACAAUAAACAGAGACAAUAAACAGAGACAAGGGACAGAAACAAUAAACAGAGACAAGGGACAGAAACAAUAAACAGAGACAAUAAACAGAUACAAUAAACAGAGACAAGGGACAGAAACAAUAAACAGAGACAAGGGACAGAAACAAUAAACAGAGACAACAAACACAGACAACAAACAGACAAUAAACAGAAACAAUAAACAGACAAGGGACAGAGACAAUAAACAGAGACAAGGGACAGAAACAAUAAACAGACAAGGGACAGAAACAAUAAACAGACAAUAAACAGAGACAAUAAACAGACAAGGGACAGGAACAAUAAACAGAGACAAGGGACAGAGACAAUAAACAGAGACAAGGGACAGAAACAAUAAACAGACAAUAAACAAUAAAAUAAACACAAUAAACAGAGACAAUAAACAGAGACAACAAACAGACAAGGGACAGAGACAAUAAACAGAGACAAGGGACAGAGACAAUAAACAGACAAGGGACAGAAACAAUAAACAGACAAGGGACAGAGACAAUAAACAGACAAUAAACAGAGACAAUAAACAGACAAUAAACAGACAAGGGACAGAAACAAUAAACAGAGACAAGGGACAGAGACAAUAAACAGAGACAAGGGACAGAAACAAUAAACAGACAAUAAACAAUAAAAUAAACACAAUAAACAGAGACAAUAAACAGAGACAACAAACAGACAAGGGACAGAGACAAUAAACAGAGACAAGGGACAGAGACAAUAAACAGAGACAAGGGACAGAGACAAUAAACAGACAAGGGACAGAGACAAGGGACAGAGACAAUAAACAGACAAUAAACAGAGACAAGGGACAGAGACAAUAAACAGAGACAAUAAACAGACAAGGGACAGAGACAAUAAACAGAGACAAUAAACAGACAAGGGACAGAGACAAUAAACAGACAAGGGACAGAGACAAUAAACAGAGACAAGGGACAGAAACAAUAAACAGAGACAAGGGACAGAAACAAUAAACAGAGACAAGGGACAGAGACAACAAACAGACAAUAAACAGACAAUAAACAAUAAACAGAGACAAUAAACAGAAACAAUAAACAGAGACAAGGGACAGAGACAAUAAACAGACAAUAAACAGAGACAAUAAACAGACAAUAAACACAGACAAGGGACAGAAACAAUAAACAGAGACAAGGGACAGAGACAAUAAACAGAGACAAUAAACAGACAAGGGACAGAGACAAUAAACAGAGACAAUAAACAGAGACAAGGGACAGAGACAAUAAACAGAGACAAUAAACAGACAAUAAACAGAGACAAUAACCAGACACAAGGGACAGAGACAAUAAACAGAGACAAUAAACAGAGACAAGGGACAGAGACAAUAAACAGACAAGGGACAGAAACAAUAAACAGACAAGGGACAGAAACAAUAAACAGAGACAAGGGACAGAGACAAUAAACAGACAAUAAACAGAGACAAUAGACAAUAAACAGAGACAAGGGACAGAAACAAUAAACAGAGACAAUAAACAGAGACAAUGGACAGAGACAAUAAACAGACAAGGGACAGAAACAAUAAACAGACAAGGGACAGAAACAAUAAACAGAGACAAGGGACAGAGACAAUAAACACAAUAAACAGACAAUAGACAAUAAACAGAGACAAGGGACAGAAACAAUAAACAGAGACAAGGGACAGAGACAAUAAACAGAGACAAGGGACAGAAACAAUAAACAGGCAAUAAACAAUAAAAUAAACACAAUAAACAGAGACAAUAAACAGAGACAAGGGACAGAGACAAUAAACAGACAAGGGACAGAAACAAUAAACAGACAAGGGACAGAAACAAUAAACAGAGACAAGGGACAGAGACAAUAAACACAAUAAACAGACAAUAGACAAUAAACAGAGACAAGGGACAGAAACAAUAAACAGACAAGGGACAGAGACAAUAAACAGAGACAAGGGACAGAAACAAUAAACAGACAAUAAACAAUAAAAUAAACACAAUAAACAGAGACAAUAAACAGAGACAACAAACAGAGACAAGGGACAGAGACAAUAAACAGAGACAAGGGACAGAGACAAUAAACAUAGACCAUAAACAGAGACAAGGGACAGAGACAAUAAACAGACAAGGGACAGAGACAAGGGACAGAAGAAUGACAGAAACAAUAAACAGAGACAAUAAACAGAGACAAUGGAGCCUUAGGUAAUGAGUCAAAUGAACACGAUUCAGUCUAAUAACAGUUAGUCAUAGAAUAAAUUGUAUUGUGAAGCUGCAGAGACUCUUAACGCCGUUUUUACGUCUCACUGUGAAUCGUUGCCACCACGUACAGGGUGACAGGAAGCUGCAGAUUGGUUAACUUCCUGCGUUCAUGUAGCUUUAAUGCUAACUGAUCUUAUUAAACUGUUUUUUUUAAUAAACUUGGAUGUAAUAUAAACUCAGGAAGCAGACGUCUACCUGAGCCCAGCCAAUCACAGCGGACUUCUCUGAGUGUGUCCUCUCCGUGGGGGGCGAUCAGAGGACGUCCUCUCUCACACCUGCAGUGUGUUACAGGUGAUAAUUAUUACUGACCUCCAGUGGUCUUUAUGUGAACUGCUUUUGGCAUCCUGUGGUUGAGUUAGCAUCCUUGUGACGUGACACAAGUUAGCAUCUGGUCAUUCAUAGACUUUUACUUUGUACAGUUAGCUUUAGCAUUUACUGUUUGUCAUUAAAUCAAAGUUAGCGUCAUGCUAGUUCGUGAUGUCCAGACUAUGAAAAGAUGAAUGACAUAACAGCUCUCUAGAGUGAAGUCAAAAUAUUCAGAGUUCCCCCUGCUGACUGGCUGCAGUAUAUCUCAUAAGCUCCGCCUCCUCCAUGUUAGCAGAUGGGAUAUGAGUCAAACAAUACAAUGUAAAUACACAAAAAUAAAAGUCUCUCUAACAUGG